AAUCAUUCUAGUUUUGAUAGCAGUGUAUUUCCCAUGAGUAAUUCGAAUUUUUGUUGUGCCAUAUAGAGCAUGACAAUAUAUAUUAAAAACAUAAAUCAAUAUUAAAGGGCUGAGAAUUAGUCAAAAGGUUUAAUAAAUUAAUUAAUAAAUAAACUUGAUAUUUACGUCACAAUUUCUCGGCGAACAUGGUUUGUUGUCCACAAUGAAAAUUUAUUAUGACACUAAGAUUAUAAUAAUAGAACCAGAUCCACCUCCAAGUUAUGGCUCCACGCCACCAGCCUACGAUGCAACUUAUAACGAUCCUCCACCCUCAUAUGAUACAAUAUUUGGCAGAAUGAAGGAGGCCAGGAAUCAGUCUACAUCUACUCUUCAAUAUGCUAAGAAAUUUUUUCAAAUUAUAGUAUCUACUGUGGCAUUUACACUGAUGCUUCUAGUUCUAUUGGCUAUACCUAUAUCGAUGAUUGUUAUUGGAUCGAUAUAUAAGGGUGAUUGCCCAAGAGAGAAAUACAUACCCAUAUAUUUAAUUGUGGCUGGUGCAUUUGGUGUUUUAAAAAAUAUAUCUUCUCUCUUUCAACGAUGUAAAAAUCGGAACGAAGAGAAUGCUGAAGAAGCCAAUAGUAAAACCAAUCCUUUUGAUAGUCUUAUUGGGUGUUUCCUCUUUGGAUGGUUCGUCGCCGGAAACGUUUGGAUAUAUAAAAUAUACGAUGAUUUUGAUGACAAAAAUAAGGAGAGUGCCGACUACUGUAAUCCCACUUUAUAUUACUUUUCCUUUUGGAUAACAACGGCAGUUUACAUAUUUGCACUUUGCAUGUGCUGCUCUAUGUGUAUUAUUGGCGUUUGUGGAGCAAUAAUGGGAAAUCGAGAUAAUAACAACCAAUCACCUCACAGCGAAGAACCUUGAUUAAUCUAAUAUUAUUAUUUUACUAUAGUAUUUCUCUCAGUUUUAAUUUAAUUGGAUUUUUAAAUUACUUAUCGAUACAGCAAAAAAAAUGAAAGGAAACGCUUUCUGUUGAUUUAUUUUUUUUUAUUGUAUUUUUGCUUUUUUAAAACCAUCUGCAUAGGUUAAAAGUACGUAGAUAGAUGUUAGAAGAAAAUUCAUAAAGAAUAUUUCUAACUGAAAUUAAUAUUCCAUCUACUGAAUACGCGGAUAUGCAUCAAGCAUAUAUUAAAUGUAUAUAUAGAUAUAUACUCAAUGCAUUUGUCGAUGUACAAUAGCUUUUGUUAAGAAAUAAGUGAAGAUUUUUCAAUUUUUAUCAACAUUUAUUGCACGCCUUAUACUCCUUUUAUAUUCGUUCGCUUCUUUAUAUUUGUUUUUUAAUUUGUAAUGUUUCAAUUAAGUUAGCUAUGAACAAACAAGUAUGUCUCAAUUAUUAUUUCCUACAUAACUAUAUUCUAUAAUAAAUUGAAAUGUUCUCUUAAUUUACUUAAUCUAUUAUUUUGAUAAAAAAAAUCUUAUAGGAUCACUAUUUUAUCAAAUUUCGAGUUUAUGCUAAUACUUUCUUAUCUUAGCCAGAAUUUUAAUCGAAUUAUUAAUAGGUCAAAUAUAUUAAUAUUUAAUAACUACAAUGAAAGAGAGUCUCUAAAAUGAAUAAUGUUGCUAUUUUAAAAGCUAAAUGAAUGAAAUGAUUGUUUUAUCGUUAAAAUAAUAAAAAGCUAUAGCCAUCUCAUUAGUUUACU